CACCAAUUCUUUCUACUGUAUAUUUUGUCCACUGUGGUGAAGUAACUUGAGGAAUUCAGGAAAUUAGGAGUUCGUUGUUCUCGGUUCUUCCUUAAGGAGGGAGUUCACUUCACCUCCAAUGGCAAAUCUGACGGAAGAAGAAGAAGAAGAGGCAAGAAUAGAUGUUGAUUCUAUCCGCAGCUCACAAGCACAAGAUGGACCUGAAACUGAGGUUGUGACUUCACCUCAACCGAUGUCACCUCUAGUUCUACUUUCCGGAGAAAGAUACCUCUACCUCACUGUGUGCAUACCUCUUUAUGGAGCGGCCAUGAAAGGUGACUGGAAAACUGCUGAAGGUAUUUUUAAAAUGUUUCCACCAGCAGUGCGCAUGACCAUCACACAAGGAAGGGAUACAACCCUACACAUAGCUGCUGCGGCAAAGCAUGUCCAAUUUGUUGAGGAGAUGGUGAAAAUGAUGGAACCAAAAGACUUAGAACUUCAGAACAAAUAUUCAAAUACUGCUCUUUGCUUUGCUGCUGCAUCAGGAAUAGUGAGAAUUGCAGAGGUUAUGGUGAAAAAGAAUGAAAACCUUCCAAUGAUCCAAGGUGGUGGUGGAAUGAUACCACUCCAUAUGGCUGCUCUAUUAGGACAUAGUGAGAUGGUGCGGUAUCUCUACAACAAGACUGUUCAUGAACAUUUAGCUCCGGGUGAUUGGGUUGGUCUACUUAAUACAUGCAUCAGUACUGAUCUGUAUGAUGUAGCCUUGGACAUAUUGCACCACCACCCAGCAUUGGCUGUAGAAAGAGACGAGCAUGAUGAGACUGCAUUGCAUCUCCUGGCUCGGAAGCCUUCUGCAUUCUCUGGAGGAGAUCAGCUUCAUAUGUGGAACACUUUCAUCAAUUCAAGCAAGUUAUUUUCUCUUUCUUUUGUUGAGGUUUGAAGUAAAUGGCAGCUAAACCUAACAGUAAAAUCAACUACCAACCACUAUAAAAUUAAGUCUACUUUGGUGGAUGGUACUGCAUGGAUAUUAACCCAAAUUUAAUUAGCUUUUAAUAGCACAUCCCAACAGGUAACAUUAUAGUUGUUCAGUUUCUCUCUCAAGCCCGAAUUCAUGAGCUUAUCCUAUGUUGUCAUACCAUAUUUGAUGUCAAGCCAAAUCAUAAACACAAGCUCGUUUCUAAUGUUGCUAUUGUUUUUGUUGCCACUAUUUGAUUUUGGAAUCAAAAUUAAUUUGCUUUACACUGGCAGUAUCAUGUAACA